AUGGAGCACGUAAAAGCCCAACACUUGAUCGCAAUGACAAAACCUACUGCACUGCCUUCGUAUACAACGGAAACAAACUGUCGCAAACCAUAUACACCUAUUUACAGCUUAAAACAAAUCAUAUUCUUGCUAUUCACAACAUUUUGUCUAUUUGUUAUAACGCUAUGGUUGAGAGUUGGUGAAAACUUUCUGUUACUGGAGGAGACAUUUCCUUUGGAACGUCCAUUCCUUUCUGCAGACGUAGAUGGAUCUGCUAGACCAUUACCCACUCCAGGAAAGAGCUCGAUUGGAUCUCCGUCACAACUCUCAAACGAACUGCUCAAUUACCAACCAUCACCUAAUAAACUGAUAACGUAUCUACCUCAUUCGGGCGCAACAUAUCAGUUUUUGGAGAUCGUUCGAGCAUUAACACUUGCUGCAGCAUUGAACAGGACAUUGGUUAUACCACCGCUGCGACCAUCGGCGAAUGAAGGAAACGGUCAGAAAGCUGAACCAUCGAGUUGGGAUAGAUUUUUUGAUUUGAAAGCAUUCACAGAAAAGACAGGCAUUCCGUUGGUGGAAUGGGACGAUGUUUACGAAGAUCUUGUGCCUGAGAAGGAAAUGAGUUGUGUUGGUUUAACUGGACGACAUACGAAAACAUCAUCAUUACAUGCGGAUAAAUUCUACAAAGAACGUUACAAUAUGACAUUACAUUUUGAAGAGCGCGGAUUGGCCGACAAUCCAUCAGCACUUGCAAAAGCGCUCAAUGAGAUUGAUGACGACCUGAUCUGUUUAUCAGAUGCUUUCUAUCUUCGAUGGAGAUUAAAGGAACAAUGGGAAUUUAUUGGCAAAUACUUUCGAUAUUCUAAAGAACUAUCAAUUUUUGCUGACAGCAUAACUUAUGACAUGUUCGGAGUUACACCAUAUAUUGGAAUUCAUUUGCGAAGAGGCGACUUUAAAAAAAUAUGUAAGAGGAUAGUAAAUCCAAUAGCAAGGGAAAAUUGUUGGCCAACGUUCGAAACACUGCAGAAUACGGUAUCGCAUAUCAGACAACUAGCUGGCAUGAAUCUCCCAGUAUUCGUCGCAACCAAUUCGCAAAACGCUGCCGAAUUAAGGGCAAUCGAUGAGCUUGGAUGGAAAACGGUUGACCACAAACUGUAUAAUGUCGAAGAGAAAUUUGGCGUUUUUGGACGUUCGAUGGUAGAAGGUUCCAUUUUAACAAAAGCAUCAUGGGGCAUUGGAACAAGAGGAAGUACUUUUAGUAAAGUCGCAGAAAUGAGAAUGAAGGAUUGGUAUGGUGGAAUUAGUGUAAAACUAGUAGUAAAUACGGAAAAUCCUGGAGAUUUACUUCCUGAAGAUUCGACAAGUACAUAA